UAUUACCGACACCGGGUACCGGAAGUUUGCAUGUUGCUAGCUGGUAUGGUUAUCUGCACAAGAUUUAUCUUUUACAAUAACAUGCAAUAACGCAUAGAAUGUAAUAAGAUGUUAUCUGGACAAGGCCCAGAACAGACUGCUACACCAUUGUGCUAAGGAGGUGCUGGCACUAUUGGCCCAAACAAACAAACCCAGUGAACUAUGGAGAGGCCACUCACUUUAAAAAGUGGGCUGGGGCUGCAAUCGAAUUAUUCAGUGCAUCAUCGAUCAGACAUCCUUCUAGAGGAGCAGAUUGAAACAGUCAAGAAAAACCAGCUUGACUUAAAGAAAGCUCUAUCUGACCUCGAUGUUGCCAGGACUACAGAAGAUAUUGAGAGAUUGCGAAAUGAGGUCCAGGAGGCAAGAGAUAAAACGGAAAAGUCAAUGCUUGUAUUUCAGGUGCUAACGAAGGUUAACGCUGAGCUCCAGUUUGCACGUAAUGAGUUGGAAGAAGCCCUGGAGAAGCAGGAGGGUGACAUCAAUGAGGCCAGGAAGAGAGUCAUGUGGCUUGAGGACCGCAUGGGGCUGCUUUGUGGCAAAGCAAGGCUGCGGGGUCAACCAUACCAGAAACCAAAGAAAUCUCACCGCUCUCCUGACAGGUCUGCGUUUCAUUCCCGCCUAGGGACUGCCACAGACAGCGACAGUGAAGGUGAGGGGGGUUACAUGCCUGGUCCCCAGAGGAUGGGCAGGAACGGUUCCAUCGCAUACAAGUCUGACACCACACACAGGGCUGGGGUGAUCUCCCCUAGUGAGUCAGGCUCGGAUUGUCCUGCAUAUCCACAGCAAGCUAGACAUGGAAUGGCGGACACUCCAUCCUCAGAUGGUGGUUCCUUUGUGAUGCCCCAUCAACAGUUUGGGGCCCCAGGCAGGGGGCAGGGGCCUGGCAUGGGGGACAGUGACUCUGAUUCAGACAGCAGUGGGCCUCCCCCUGCUCUGCAUGCCAUGCAUGGAUUUCCACCUAUAUCAGGACCUAUUGUGUCUCACAAGGUUGUUUCUGAGUCGCCACAUUCUCACUCAACACAGUCUGGGUCUAGCCCAGAACCUUAUGGUGGGACUUCAUUGACAAAGGCCCAAGGUGGUCAGAAGCAGGUGACAAGACCCCAUGGAGACUCCCCAGUGUCAGAUUCUUACCAAUCUGCAGGAUCUGUCAGCAGGUCAGGGAGUGAAUACAGUGGUAAAGGGCCUGCAGGGACAGCCGAUCCUUGCCCGGGACCUGGAGGGGACCAGGGGUAUGCCGUUUCCCAGGCGUUUGCAGUGCCCCAGGGGUGUGCGGUGCCACAGAGAGAAACAUCAGAAGGUUCAGAGGCACCUGAAUCUCCUCAUACAGAAGAGGCGGAUACCUCAGCAGGCCAGGUUAUAGACCAGAAGGAGGCUGCUCCUGCUGUUGCCAUGGUUCACCUGUCCCUGCCCAAUGAAACAGCUGGUAUAGAGAGAGAGAAGAGUGAGAUCUCUGUACAUAGUGUAGCAUCAGAACGCAGUGAGGUGUCCGAGCGGUCAGAGAGCCCAUAUAGUGAAUACAGCCAGAAUACACAAGAUCCAACUUUUAUCACUGAAGUUCCAAAAGAAAAAAGUGUCACUAUUAUGACCCCAAAACAAGGCAGACGAGGCUUGCGUAGGGUCACUUUCCGUGACCAUGUAUCAGUGAAGGAGCUGACAGCGCUGACAAACACAUCUGCCGGGGCGGGUGACCAACUCGAGGUGGACAAGAGUCGAGACUACUGGCUGUCGGAGCACCACAGGUUUGAGUACUCAGAACACUCGGAGGCGCUACUCGAGAUCAACCCUCUCUCCUACCACAAUGUGGGCCUUGCAGUGCCUGGAACAUUCCUAGAGAAACCAAGCAGAAGCUUUGAGGUGUUGCCAUGGAGAUCAAGAAGAAGAGGAAGUGAAGUUAACGACAUCCAUAAAAUAGCGCUAGACAAGCUGGCUGGCCGUGUGCACCAUCUGUAUGACAAGUUCUACGAGGCAGCUCUACUUUCUGUACGGCCUACCCAGACCGCCGAGACCUACAGGGAGUCAACCAUGCUUGCUAACAUAGAGAAUGCCCGGGAGGGAGUCCGAUCAGUAACUCCUACUGACAGCAGGCCUGGCAUGGUGACCGCCCCACCAACUACAGCAGACGGCACUUCCCGACCACAGACUGUUGCCGUGGAGAUGAAGCCAAUCCAGUACCGCCCUGGUCUCAUGGUGUACCAUCCCAAACCCAUACCACCCCCUGAAGUGUUACCUCUUACCAGAAUUAGCAAAGAUAAGGAAUACCCGCGAUUAUCCAAUCAGUUUGUUGAGGAGGAUGAUUUCCUAACCCACAAGCCUGCGGUGCGCAUCGUGGACCAGAGGAACCUGUACAAGGAGACCCAGCUAAAGCUGUACAGGGACCGCCCCAAGAAGAGCGAGGAGGGACCAAGCUCCAUGGAGAAGAAGUUUCGAAUGAUGCUUGAACAGGAAAAGAGCAUGGCGUCCAGAAGUACCCGCAGUUCAAGGAACACAACCCCUUCAUCUAAGAGGUCCAGUGCAUCAGUCAGGGAACAUUCCCCAGCUUUGUCCACUAUCUCAAAAUCAGUAUCAGUUGUGGCAAAGGGAGGCGCAGGAAACAGGACCACUAUGUCUCGGGCAUUCACAAAAGUUCAGGCAAUUACUAAGAUAACUGAAAUUGGUGCCGAAAGUGAAGCUGGAGCAAGCACAUGGUCCCGUCUAAAGCCAAGCAGCCGUGGAAAGGAAUACAGUGGAUUGAAAUGGGAGCGUGUGAAGAGUUUAGUGCAUGUUCACCUGGUGUCCAAGCGUCCAGAGGAGCGCCAGGAUGCAGCCAAGCACCUCGGUCUGCUGCGCUGUGGAGACGCCAUGGUGUUUUUCGCUCUUAAAGAGAGGCUGCGCAUUGAUGACGACUCAAGAACAAAAUACGAGGCAGCAAAAUCACUCAUUCUCUUAGGCUGCUGGGAUGAGGACGUACUACAGGUGGUGUUGAAGUACCUGGUGAUUGGGAACACUGAGAUCAGACAGGACCUACUACUUAACAUGAUAGACGGCAAAAAUGUGCAGUAUGUCAACAAGAAAGUGGCGACGUUUCCUGAGCUGGUGAAGGUGCUGAGCCACUUCUGCUGCAACCCUGACCCAGAGGACACCAUAGCGUUUGAUGCGGCCAUCUUGCUAGGCCGGCUGUGCGUUAUGGAUGAGAAUGCCAAACAGAAACUACUACGCUCCCUGGACCAGAGCUCUGACACACAUGUCAAGGCCAAGGCCCUGGAGACAUUGGUGAAGCAGCUCAACUGUACCAGCUGGGACGUGGUGCAGCACCUGCUGGGUCUCUUCCAGAAGUCUCCUGUGUGGAAAUACCGCGCCCUGGCUGCAGACCUUCUUAUUGUGCUUGGUAAGGAGCAUGUGUGCCUGUCGGGGGAGGAAGAGAGGAUUUACCAGAUACUGGAGAGGAAACUCUGGGAUGAUCCAAACAGGGACGUACGUGUCUCUGCAGCCAAGGCUCUAGCAGCACUCGGAAUGUUUGCCAAAGCCUGUGAUAGAAUUGGAAAACGUCUAGAAGACAUGGAUGAAGAUAUCAGAGCUCAAGCUGUCAUCUCUGUGGGCACCCUAGAGAUGAAGAAUGAGAAGAUUGUACGUCUGCUGUUGGAGAUGCUGGAACUCGACACGAGUGAAUACGUUAGACUCAUGAUUGCACGUACAUUCACGAUACUGAAGCUGACAGACAAGCGUGUGAUGCGCGCUCUGCGUGAACGGGACAAGGUAGAGGGCGCCCUUGCCAGACGAACCAUUAAAAAGAGAAUCAAGGAAAGCAUUAAAAGUUCUGGAAUCCUUGGCAGCACAACCCCGCCUUACGUCCCCUACCGGCCGGAAGUCUACGGUGUCGCGCGCGUCCGUACGCGGGGCCACUCCUCGCUACACUCCCGCAGUGAUCGCGUGAGACUCCUCACACUCAUGGACAUGUAGUCAACAAAAGGGAGGGGUGGGGAGUGUGGUGAGCCUUGCUCUAGGAAAACAGGGCUUAAUGCAUGUAUGUUAAGUGUCAUCCAAGAUAAGCUUGUGCAGUUUGCACAGGCUAAUCAAGUACGAAACUUAAAACCAUUAUUGGGUUGUUCGUUUGAAUGAAGUCUCUCAUUAAUGAAAGUCCAGUUUAGAUGGAAAGUAUUGUCCCUGAUUAGCCUGUGCAGACUGCACAGGAAAAUCAGGCGAUACUUUACGCUCAUGCAUUUAUUCCCGUUUAUAUCAGAGCUAUGCUCAUAUGAAUGUAACAGGAAACUUUUAAGGCCCUUGUCAGCACAACUCUGGGAAAACAUGAAUCAAUUUCUUAAGAUAAAAAAGUCCUGAUGUCAGUUACUUUUCAUUUGAAAUUUAUAUAAUGCCAAAGGGUUACUUUUCAGGGACUUAUCUUACUAAAUAUCAUACAAAUGCAUUCACACAUGAAUUCACAUUCAUAUUUAUGGCAUUUACUUUCUCAUACAUGUGCUAUUUAUAAAAGUAUUAUUUAUUGCGCUAUUAUAUCAAGAGGUAGUUUGUAUUCUGAUGUCAUCAUAGAUUUAUUUAUGGAUAUAUUUAUUUGAGCAAUGUCAGGGAGAACAAGGCUUAUUGCAAAUGCGAUCAGUAUUGUCCCAGAUAAGCCAUGCAGUCUUUUCUAAACUUAACUCUAGUCUAAAGAGAAAGUGUCCGACUGCACAAGCUUACCUAAGAUAAUUCUUUAUGCACAUCAUUUACCUUGGUUUUCCAAGAUUGGUACCCAUUUGAUAGAGUUAUGUUAUUUGCUGAUUUCUAUCAUAUACAUCAUUUUUACAAUCUGAUAUUUUGCAAAAAGGCAACAUACAUGACUUACAUGUUAAUUGUUUAAUGUUUUUAUGCUUUCAGUUAAGCUAGUUAAAAAAACAAACACACUUUUGUAAGAAUUAUCAAUGACUUGCAAGUGUGUUGCUGCAUUUUUGUUUGCAUUUACUUUCUUAUUCUUGACAUGCAGAACUGUAAAAUACAGCAGUAACCAUGACAAUUGAAACUGUCUUCUACAUAAGAAUUGUUACAGGAAUUUGUGAUAAAAAACUAAAUUAUAUAAAUGUUUUCUACCUAAACAUCAUCACAGGAAGUUGUGACAGCCUAAUCAAGGGAUUCAUAAUAGCUUAACAAAGACAUAUUUUAUGAUAACUUCUAAGACAGUCUGAUUCUGAAAGUGAAAGGAGUUAUAGUUAGUAUUGAAAAGCUAAACUGUGAUAAAAUAUUGUAUAUAUACAUUUGUUGCACAUGUGAUUUUUUUUAAUGCAAUCGUGUUAAUUACUUGACAUGUUUUAGAUAAGUAUUGUUUGUUUUUGUGUAUUUACCAUUUGUUUUGGAGAAUAAAUAAAAAAUAUAUUACUUUGUU